GGCCCCGGGCCGGGCCCAGGCGGGCGGCGUGAGGCGCGGAUUCUCAACCCGGAGCCCCAGCACCGCACGCGGGGCACCGGCGGUCGCUGCGGGGGGCUUCGCGGGGGCUUCAGCGGCGGCGCAGGCGGCAGCGGGGACAGCCCAGAAUGGGGGCUUUGGAGGCAGCGCAGGGAGCAAACGAGGGCUUCGGCAGCGGCGUGGACAGCUCCCGCUGGGGACUUCGGAGCGGCGCAGGCAGCGGUGCGGGCAGCCCCGGGCGGGGACUUCGGAGGGCGCGGCGCAUGCGUGUUGCGUGCGGCGGGAAGAUGGCGGCGGAGCGAGGGGAAAGCCCGUCGCUGUCGGCGGGGGAGGAGGAGCCGGUCGGCGUUGAGGCGCUCGGUGAGGAGGCGGCGCCGGCCCCCAGCGCCGGGUUCCGUGUGACGGCGGUGCGGCGGGAGCCGGCGGUGCGGCUACAGCACGGGGUGAGUGGGCUGGAGCCGCUGGCCUGGUCCGAGGAUCACCGGGUGUCGGUGAGCACGGCCCGCAGCAUCGCCGUCCUGGAGCAGCUCAGCGACGUCCACAGCGGCGGCCAGGAGAUGGUCAUCCACCGCACCGCCGUGCCCGCGCCCGCCGCUGCCUGCCUUCUCAAGGUUGGUCCAAAAAAGGAGGUAGCAGAAUGUAAAGAGAAGUUUGCAAAUUCGAUGGAUCCAACCGUUAGCCAGACUUUUAUGCUAGAUCGAGUAUUCAAUCCUGAGGGGAAGUCGUUGCUGCCUAUGCGAGGAUUCAAGUAUUCCAGCUGGUCCCCACUGGGCUGUGAUGCAAACGGAAGAUGCCUGCUUGCAGCUUUAACCAUGGACAAUCGAUUGACCAUCCACGCAAACCUCAACAGGCUGCAGUGGGUACAGCUGGUGGAUCUGACUGAAAUCUAUGGGGAGCGCUUGUAUGAAGCCAGUUACAAACUCUGCAAGGCUGACACUCCCUGCGGAGAACUGGGAGAUUUCUCCGAAUUUCAGCGACGGCACAGCAUGCAGACUCCUGUGCGCAUGGAGUGGUCAGGCAUCUGCACCACUCAGCAAGUGAAACACAACAACGAGUGCUGGGAUGUUGGCAGCGUGCUAUUAGCAGUGCUCUUUGAAAAUGGUAACAUUGCUGUUUGGCAAUUUCAGCUUCCGUUUCUGGGUAAGGAAUCAAUUACUUCUUGCAAUACCAUAGAGUCCGGAAUAAAUUCCCCAAGUGUCUUGUCUUGGUGGGAAUAUGAACAUAACAACAGAAAGAUGAGUGGACUUAUUGUAGGCAGUGCUUUUGGACCAGUUAAGAUCCUUCCUGUCAAUCUAAAAGCAGUCAAAGGCUACUUUACGCUGCGACAGCCCGUAGUCCUGUGGCAAGAAAUGGACCAGUUACCUGUUCACAGUAUCAAAUGUAUCCCCCUGUACCACCCCUACCAGAAAUGUAGUUGUAGUUUAGUGGUGGCUGCAAGAGGACCUUACGUGUUUUGGUGUCUCCUGUUGAUAUCCAAAGCGGGUCUGAAUGUCCAUAAUUCCCACGUGACAGGGCUUCAUUCUUUGCCAAUCGUCUCUAUGACUGCGGACAAACAAAAUGGCACUGUGUACACAUGCUCCCGUGAUGGAAAGGUAAGGCAGCUGAUCCCUAUAUUCACAGACAUUGCUUUAAAGUUUGAGCACCAGGUGAUUAAGCUCUCAGAAGUGUUCGGCUCUGUCAGGACUCAUGGAAUAGCUGUUAGCCCCUGUGGUGCGUACUUAGCAGUUAUUACGACAGAGGGCAUGACUAACGGGCUUCACCCAGUUAACAAAAACUACCAAGUUCAGUUUGUAACCCUUAAGACUUUUGAGGAGGCAGCUGCGCAGCUCUUGGAAUCUUCUGUUCAGAACCUUUUCCGGCAGGUGGACUUGACGGAUCUUGUACGCUGGAAAAUUUUGAAGGAUAAGCAUAUUCCUCAAUUCUUACAGGAAGCACUGGAUAAAAAGAUUGAGAGCUGUGGUUCUACUUACUUCUGGCGGUUUAAGCUAUUUCUCCUGCGGAUUUUGUACCAGUCUAUGCAGAAAGCUCCUUCAGAGGUCAUGUGGAGACCUUCACACGAGGAUGCAAAAAUCUUGAUAUCAGAUUCCCCUGGGAUGGGCAGCACCGAAGAUGAUCAGGAGGAAGGAACUUCUAAACAAGCCGGCAAGCAGAGCCUGUGUGACACAGGCAAAGGUACGGACAUAGAUGACACUGCAGAUGAUUCUCUUCCUCAGUCAAGUGAUGUAGGAGGCCGUGAGCCAAUGGAAGAAAAGCUUCUUGAAAUACAGGCACAGAUUGAGGCAGUAGAAAUGCACUUGACACGGGAACACAUGAAACGGGUGCUGGGAGAAGUUUAUCUACACACGUGGAUUACAGAAAACACCAGUAUUCCCACCAGAGGAGUCUGUGACUUCUUAAUGUCCGAUGAUGGCUAUGAUGACAGAACAGCACGAGUGCUGAUUGGGCAUAUCUUAAAGAAAAUGAACAAACAGACUUUUCCAGAGCACUGCAGCUUGUGUAAAGAGAUCCUGCCGUUCACUGAUCGCAAACAGGCAGUCUGCUCUAAUGGACAUAUUUGGCUCAGGUGCUUUCUAACCUACCAGUCCUGUCAGAGUUUGGUAUACAGGAGGUGUUUGCUUCACGACAGCAUUGCACGGCAUCCAACCCCAGAAGAUCCUGAAUGGAUCAAGAGGUUAUUGCAAGGACCUUGCACAUUCUGCGAUUCUCCUGUGUUCUAGAGAAGAGCUGUGUAAAGAUGGAAAGUAUUUUCUGUGCUGCAUAAGCUCCCUUCGGUCUGGAGGGAUAUCAAGCACAGGCAUGCAGACUUUAUUGGAGCGGGAAGACAUUGUCCACAACCCUGUAAAUAGAACAUCGGAGGUUCUAGAAACUCCUUAAGUCCAGAGCCUGUCCCACACUCCAGAAACGAGUACAUCUGGAAGAGUGGGUUUAUAGAGCGGUUUGGAAAUGCACCCCGUUGAAGCAUCAGCAGCUGGACAUGCUUCAUUUCACUGAGAAGGAACUGAAGUCUUAAGCAUGCGGUGUGAACCGUCCUUUCUGCCCAACAACUGCAAUUCCUAAAAGCUAGGAUGGGAACAACGGAGCUCCCUCUUGAGUGGUCUUGGUGGGUAGAAAAGGCUUCAGCUUGCGGUGCUGUUUGCUUUUUAACAGGCACUGGCACUUGCUUCAGAAUAUUAAACUAUCAAAUAAUUUGUGGUUCUAAUUUCUUGCAGAGUGAAGCGUGUGCCAGUUACAGCCAUAUGAAAGAAAUUGGCCAUUGUAUUAGUUUCACUUAAAGUCUAGAAGAAUAACUGCCUCUUAACUGUUAUAACAGUAUUGCAGUCAGAAAGGUAAUAUUGGCUGCUUGGGUCAAAUAUGGAUCAGUAAGAAUAACUUUUAAAUGUAAUUAUUAAACUAAUAGCAAUUAGAUUAAACACUAAUAUAUAUAUAUAUAUAUAUAAAUCUCCAAUGCUCUUAAGUCUCUUGCCCCUGCUUUCUUUUUCUGAACUAAGUUCUAACCACUUCCUUGCUUUUGCCACUACGUAUGCUUUUUGUUUCUCUCAACUCUACCAACAGGAAUCACCUUUUCCAGUGUAACUCAGUUCCCAAAAACGUUACCUUAUUUUCAAUUGAACUGAGAGUCUCUCUUACACGGAAAUGGUUUUUACAGAUGUUUGACACAGAGUAAUCACUCUCAGCUGAUACUUUCUCUUUUCAUAAUAAUGCAGUAAAACCCCAAGCCUGCUCCAAACUCAAAUACCAUCAUGGCUGAGAUGUUGGAAUUGAAGUUUCCACGGGCUGUCAAGAAGCCCUGGGAAGCUAUUCUUGUAUAAACCUGACUUUCAUCAAGAGAUUCAUAAAUAUGUCAACGAUGUAGCAUGACUGAGCCGAGAAAUUUAUUCUGCCUCCUAACUCUCCUAUUGGAAGAAAACCUUUCCUUCUUUGGCAUCUGUUUCCUAUGGGGAGCAGGACAAACCUUUUCAACUUCCUAUGCAGUGUUAGAGGAACGAUACCUCCAAAAUGCGUGUGGUUCUUUGGUACAGUUUGUCUUGUUAACUUAAAUCUAUGCUGUCAAAUAAUCCAAAGUUAAUGUAUUUACUUUCUUCAGAGCACCCAUCUGCACACUUGGAUGUGUUGCCUUGUUUGUGACUCACGACACUGCUCAUUGUGUGUGAAGUCCUCUAUAGCUGUUUGGGAAAUCAAGGGAUUGUCCUGACAGUAUCAGUCUCCAGCAUGUGUGGAUUGGUGCUUACAUGUCCUUGAUUCACUGACUAUGCAUAUUUCCUUAAUGUCCCUUCACCUUUAGGAGUAUUAUUUUUCAGCUAACGUGAAGACAAGUCGACUGUCCUAACUAUUCAGUGUUUCAUGCAUCAAGAACGGUAGUGCUGUGACUGAAAAUAGUAUUGCUACAGUAGACUAGAACAGCAGAAGCGCAUUCAUCUGUAAAAUUAUUAGCCCUGUUUGUAAAUAUCCUUGGAAGUGCUACCAUAAUUGUAUUAAAAAAAGUCUAGUUUUUUAUUGCUGUGCAUUGAAAAUUGAAAUUACUUCAGUGUGUCUGCAAAGAAAGAAAAUGCAGAUCGUGAUAGCAUCUAGUAAAACAAAGAAUAAUCUUGAUACCCAGCGCGCGUGUAGGUUGAGGCCAGUUGCUGUACUUGGGGUAGAAUUUUAUCUCCUUCCCAGUGCUGAUGGGGUUUGGGCAACAGAACAUCAGUUUCCAAUAUGAGCCAAAUGGGGAGGUUUAUUCACAGUGGUGGAGAAAACAUUUUAAGUGGAUCUGCAAGUCCUGGUCCAGACAGUCCUGACCCCAUUCAUCUGUAUUCCAGUUUGGAAAUUCACCUGACUCUGGAAAACGUGAGCACACCCCUGCAGAACCAUGUGUAAGUGCUUUUAGAAAAAGAGUAUUUCUUUGAUACUGGCUUAGGAAGCAGAAUAACAUUGUGUUCUGCUUCAAUGUUUGGCCGACCAAGAGAUUCAACGCGGUAUUGUUAGAUUAAUUCCUGGUGAUUGGCUCUAACAGAUCUCUGGAAUUUCCCUGGAUUAAGUUUUCAUGCUUUAGACAGUUAGAAGCUCCAGUAUGCCUGGCAUUAAUAUUGUGGUGUUAAUAUUUAUUUUCCUUGUCUUUCAGUAGGCAGUAGGUACUCAGUAAACCAUUGCCAGUUUAUUUAACCAGAUUUAUGACUGCUGGGAGAAAGGAAUUUAAAAGCCAACGAUGUCAGCUUUGCAUGCCAGUGGAGAUCCUUUAUCCCAAAGCUUUCACUUCUCACCCUGACCCAUCUACAGCAGGUAAAGAGGUACUGUGAUUAAUUUUUUUUUAAACCAUCACUGGUCCCCAGGUGUAUUUUUAACUACUGUAGGCUGGAACAGCGUAGCACACCUCGGACCAGUAACAUUUAAUCUCUGAUGCUGAUCUUACUGGUUUUCCUGCCCAGCUACUAGCUGACACUUCCUUCAGGAAACCUCUUAUCUGUCUUGGACUCAACUUGCAGUUCUAGCAGUGUGGAGGUUAGUGCCAUUCCUGGUGGAACACUGUAACAACCUGCAGGGCUGCAGCAGCGCCUUGAUGCGUUAUCCCUCUCCUUGUGCUAAUCAAAACCUGUAUUUUCAUCCCACUCAGGGAAGGUGAGUGGGCAAGGAAGCUACAAGCACCUGCUGCCAGAUCCUUGUGCUGUUUUGCCACAAACAGAACUGCCUUCUCAGACUAAUACAUAGCCAAGUUAUCCAGUAUUAAGGCCCAGUCUACUUUGAGACACUAAAGAAAAUAUUCAUAGAAUAAAGAUCACCAAAUCAGAGUUUCUGUAGCUAAAUUUUUUGCCCUAGGAUUUGUGAGGUGACUUAAACAAGUGUUUGAAGGCUCUCAGCCGCUUCACCAUUUGGUGGUAAGCACUGUGGUUGUUCAUGGAGUGGUUCUUCAGGCACUGCUUUGCUUCCUUUUUUCUUUUUAAAGAUUUGUGGGUUUUGCUGUUUCAUCUGAAAAUCAACAGCCAGAGAUACUGUGGUCAGUGUUUGAGCCAGUCUGUCACUGUUCUUGAUAAAUAGCUUCUGAUAGCAUUUAAGAUUUGCUAGUCAUGCUGAUUACAGGAGUUUAUCCCUCUCCCAGUGGGAUGAAGAAAUCCAGGCUAAUCCAGGUCUGAUGGAUUAGCAGAACGGCUCUGGACUUCACCUCAGUGCCUUGGUGCUCUGUGCCAUUUCUUUGAAUGAAGGUGAAAGUUUGGGGUCAUGACUCUGUCUUGGGUCUCCAAACCACCUCCUGCUCUGGAAUCUGUGAUUGUGCAACUCAUUGCUGCCUUUUAGUCCAAUUCAGCUACAGGUUGGGGACUUCAGUAUUGAAUCCUCUUUCCCUCUUUUAUGUUCCCCCAUUCUCUUAAUCCUAUUGCACAUUUCUAGAAGAAAUGGUUGCUAAUGCAGAUCCACAGGCAAUAAAUAUUACCCUGAUUUUCUUAAACUUACUAGGUUUUCCACUGGCUAAUGCAUCAUCAGCGAUUAUGGGCAGCACAACACCAUUUAUUCUAUCCUCAUUAAGGGUUUCUUGACAUAAAAGAACUGAAUGCAAACAUUUAUAGUCCUCAUUAAAGCCUAAUGAAUCACACUUGUGCUGUUAUGCCCUAAACUAACAUUACAGGAGAAUUGUUUUUACAAGUUUAGUUUCUCAUAUGGAGCCCUUCCUUCACCGAGUUUGUGAGGCAGCGGAGAGCCCUGAAGGUACAGCUGCUGGAGUCUUAGUUGCCACCUACAGGUACGUCAGAGAGAGUGAGGAAGAGAGCCCAUCCCUGCUCCUUGGAGCCCUCACCAUGGAGGGGGUCAGGAUUAAUCAGUGAAGAUGGCAACAUCUACACUUUGUGCAUGAGAUGGAUAUGCAUGGCCAGUUAUAGGUGUCUACCAACAGGUUCUCUCUAAGGGGGAGGACAGUGGCAGCAAGGGAAGGUACCUCUUCUUUCUGGUCUCUCUGCAUGAGUGGAGCUGGGUCCAUCAGUGAGAGACAAGCACGGACCAGCCACGACAAAGUACUUGUCGGCAUUUUGCAUCCUAGUUUGUGCUUGUUACUGAAUUCUUUGUUGGCAGUCACCCAAUAAGAGUGUAGUUAGUAGCAUCUAAGCCUUAUCAUGUACAUUAAACAUCAAACGUCGUUCCUGCAGAACGCUAGUUGGUAUUUUUGCAGCUGGAAAUACAGGCAGUAGUGGUCUUUGCCGCAAAACAUUGGCAGUUAUGGCAAAAGUCAGAUUUCUAGUCAGUAUCCAAAUUAACUGGGAGAAGUUAUUCAUGGGAUAUCAGUAAAUAAAGGUGAAAUGCUCAAAGUGGUUAUCAUUACUAUGUCUGUCCUUAUCACUCUCUAGAAGCUUUCCGCAUCAGGCCUGUAAAUGCACAAAUCACACUGGUUGUGCUUCAGACUCGCAUCGGAGUGGGUAGGGUUUAUUCUUUACCCAGAACUGGUACAAAUGUCUGUGCAGAGAUGCCUGCUAAUUUAUAUCUCAACUGGUAAGUACUAGGUUGGAAAGCUGUUUUUUUCCACUCCAUGUGGGUAAACAAGAACAACUCGAACCUGGCUGUUCACCUGGAGUCCUGCUCUGCCUGUUGAAGGUGCAGGAAUCAUAGUAAGAUGAAGUUGAGGCUUCCCUUGGAAGUCUCAAUCCAGGUGAGAUUUUCACAGAUGGUAGAGGUCAGUAUCUGACAAUGCCC